UGCUUGUAGUUGACGAGUCCUUACACUGUAGGUCUCAUUUCCCUUUCCAUCGGAAAAGACCCCUUCUGCACGAAGCGAGGUCAAAUCGGCCCAUGGCGUUCUGCGCUUACCUGCACGGCUACAUUGAGUACCAGUCGUUCUGGCGUCUAGGGCGUGUGAACGCGCCCUUCGCAAGACACGCAUAAGUUUGUCCGCGUCUGCACUCCUGUUGCGACUCCAGGGUAACAGCAUCAACAUGUCUACGACUACCAUUACAGAAGAUAGCAUUGAGCUCACGAGCGUCCAUGCCACUUCGCAACCGCAGUCAAGCAAGGCUUUGCCCACCACAUUCAGGCCGUCAUCUUUGAGUCAAAUCCAUGACGAAACACCAGACAACGCAGCCUACUCCGUCACCGCCGUACCAGACGGCGGAUACGGGUGGAUAGUAGUCGCGGGCUCCUCAACAACAAGCUUCUGCAACAACGCCAUUAUCAACUGCUGGGGCGUCUUACAAGCUGCGUUACUCGAUUCAACACUAAGAGACGUGCCUCCAUCUACGCUCUCCUACGUCGGUUCUCUGGGACUCGCAGGCGGCGCUUUGUACGGACUAGGAGCCGUCCGUCUAAUGAGAUCGAUAGGCGGACGGACAACAAUCCUCCUCGGUGUCUUCCUCAUGGGCCUGGGUCUAAUUGGAGCGAGCUUCUGCACGUCCAACCUCCCCGGUCUAUUUGGCACAUACAGCGUCAUCGGCGGCAUUGGUAUGUCGCUCAACUGGACUGUCUGUAACACAGUUCCCGUGCAGUACUUCAGCGCUCGUCUCGGUCUCGCAAAUGGUCUUAUUAAGCUGGGCGGCGGAGUAGGCGGCUGCGUCAUGGCUGUUGCAUUGAACGCGCUAUAUCAAAAAGUUGGUAUCGAGUGGACCUUCCGCAUACAGGGUCUGCUUACCUGGGCUAUUGGUCUUCCUGCUGCGUGGAUGGUCAAGGAUCGCGUGCCGCUUAGGAACAUACCUUUUGUCGAUCUCUCCAUGUUCCGGUCUCUUACUUUCAUCGCUACGUUUGUUGCAAGCGCCAUUGGUGUCUUUGCACUCUUUGUCCCGCCGUACUACCUACCAUUGUUUGCGCAAUCGAUUGGUCUCAGCUCUAGUACUGGCGCUGCGCUCGUCGCUGCUUUCAACGCCUGCAAUGCCAUCGGCCGUUUCAUCGCAGGUCCAUUGUGCGACAAGUUUGGCCCACUUAACAUGUUCGUCAUCAUCAUGGCUCUCAACGCCGCGAGUAUGCUCGCCAUCUGGCCAGUCUCAAACACCCUGGGCCCGCUCGUUCUCUUCGCAAUCCUUAAUGGUGUUGCAAACGGCGCGUACUUUACCACCCAGCCAACAGUCGCCGCUGGUAUCUUUGGCCCCGGACGAGCUGCCGUGGCUAUGAGCAUGUCGGUCACUGGUUGGAGCGUGGGGUAUUUGAUGGGUGCGCCAAUUGCUGGUUACUUGUUGGAGGCCGCUGGUGGUAGGCGAGACGCCGGGUCAGGUCAGAGUAUCGAUGUAUAUCGCCCUGCCAUCUUCUACGCUGGUGGAACGGCGACUAUGUCGGCACUGUGUGUUCUUGUUGCGAGGCUUACGGUUACGGGGAAGUUGCGCAAGAGGGUCUGAGUGCUACCUACCGGGAAGAUCGGGAAGCUCUGAUUGUUCGUUGCAGGUC